GGCUGGCGCAGCUGCCGCUGUGGCAGCGGUGAGGCGGCGGUGGCGGCUGCUGAGGCUCCGUGCUGGGGAUAUUGGCGGCGGCGGCUGCGGGCUGAGCUACGCUGUGCAGACCCGGUGCACGGUGCGGGAUCCCGGGACGGCGCGUACCUUAGAAGAUGCCUCUGAUGGACCAGGCUCUGGAAAGCUUUCCCGGCCCGGUGGCUUUGAACAGGAGCUCAAGCCGGAGGCAGUUUAAAGCCCUGGCCGUAGUAUCCUGAGGACCGCAGGUCGGGAGAAGAUGGCCGUAAGUUUAGAUGACGAUGUGCCGCUCAUCCUGACUUUGGACGAGGCUGAGAGUGCUCCGCUGCCUCCUUCCAAUGGCCUGGGCCAAGAGCAGCUGCCCAGCAAAAAUGGGGGCAGCCACGGCGUCCACAACUCCCAGGUUCCCAGCCUGGUCUCCGGAGCGGACAGCCCCCCCUCCAGUCCCACGGGACACAACUGGGAGAUGAAUUAUCAAGAGGCGGCAAUCUACCUCCAGGAAGGUCAGAACAACGACAAGUUCUUCACCCACCCCAAGGAUGCCAGAGCGCUGGCGGCCUACCUCUUUGUCCACAACCACUUCUUCUACAUGAUGGAGCUGCUCACGGCCCUGCUCCUGCUGCUGCUGUCACUGUGCGAGUCCCCCGCUGUCCCCGUGCUCAAGCUGCACACUUACGUCCACGCUACACUGGAGCUCUUCGCCCUCAUGGUGGUGGUAUUUGAACUCUGCAUGAAAUUGCGGUGGCUGGGCUUCCACACGUUCGUCCGGCACAAACGCACCAUGGUCAAGACAUCUGUCCUCGUGGUGCAGUUCAUCGAGGCCAUUGUGGUGCUGGUGCGGCAGACGUCCCACGUGCGGGUGACCCGGGCACUACGCUGCAUUUUCCUGGUGGACUGUCGCUACUGUGGCGGUGUGCGGCGCAACCUGCGGCAGAUCUUCCAGUCUCUGCCACCCUUCAUGGACAUCCUCCUGUUGCUGCUCUUCUUCAUGAUCAUCUUCGCCAUCCUCGGUUUCUACUUAUUCUCCACGAACCCCUCCGACCCCUACUUCAGCACCUUGGAGAACAGCAUCGUCAACCUGUUUGUUCUCCUGACCACAGCCAACUUUCCAGAUGUCAUGAUGCCCUCCUACUCCCGGAACCCCUGGUCCUGCGUCUUCUUCAUUGUAUACCUGUCCAUCGAGCUGUACUUCAUCAUGAACCUGCUCCUGGCCGUGGUGUUCGACACCUUCAGCGACAUCGAAAAGCGCAAGUUCAAGUCUUUGCUGCUGCACAAGAGGACCGCCAUCCAGCACGCUUAUGGCCUGCUUGCCAGCCGGCGGAGGCCGGCCGGCAUCUCCUACAGGCAGUUCGAAGGCUUGAUGCGCUUCUACAAGCCCCGGAUGAGUGCGAGGGAACGCUUCCUGACUUUCAAGGCCCUGAACCAGAGCAACACACCUCUGCUCAGCCUGAAGGACUUCUAUGAUAUUUACGAAGUCGCUGCUCUGCAGUGGAAGGCAAAGAAGAACAGACAGCAUUGGUUUGAUGACCUUCCCCGGACAGCCUUCCUCAUCUUCAAAGGGAUUAACAUCCUUGUGAAUUCCAAGGCCUUCCAGUAUUUCAUGUACUUGGUGGUGGCUGUCAACGGUGUCUGGAUCCUGGUGGAGACGUUCAUGUUGAAAGGUGGGAAUUUGACCUCGAAGCACGUGCCCUGGAGUAGCCUCGUGUUUCUCACCAUCUAUGGAGUUGAACUGUUCAUGAAGGUGGCUGGCCUGGGCCCUGUGGAGUACCUGUCCUCUGGAUGGAACCUGUUCGAUUUCUCGGUCACGGCAUUCGCCUUUCUGGGACUGCUCGCGCUGACGCUCAACAUGGAGCCUUUCUAUUUCAUUGUGGUCCUGCGUCCCCUUCAGCUGCUGAGGUUAUUUAAACUGAAGAAACGCUACCGCAACGUGCUGGACACCAUGUUUGAGCUGCUGCCGCGCAUGGCCAGCCUUGGCCUCACGCUGCUCACCUUCUACUAUUCCUUCGCCAUCGUGGGCAUGGAGUUCUUCCACGGGCGGCUGACCCCCAACUGCUGCAACACCAGCACGGUGGCUGACGCCUACCGGUUCAUCAACCACACUGUGGGCAAUAAGACCAAGGUGGAGGAGGGCUACUACUAUCUCAACAACUUUGACAACAUCCUCAACAGCUUCGUGACCUUGUUUGAGCUCACCGUUGUCAACAAUUGGUACAUCAUCAUGGAAGGUGUCACCUCGCAGACCUCCCACUGGAGCCGCCUGUACUUCAUGACCUUUUACAUCGUGACCAUGGUGGUGAUGACCAUUAUCGUGGCCUUCAUCCUGGAGGCCUUCGUCUUCCGCAUGAACUACAGCCGCAAGAACCAGGACUCAGAAGUGGACAGCGGCAUCGUCAUCGAGAAGGAAAUAUCCAAGGAGGAGCUUCUGGCCGUCCUGGAGCUUUAUCGCGAGGAGCGAGGCACCUCCUCUGACGUGACCCGGCUGCUGGACACCCUCUCUCAGAUGGAGAAAUACCAGCAAAAUUCCAUGGUGUUUCUGGGACGGCGAUCGAGAACCAAAAGUGACCUGAGUCUGAAGAUGUACCAGGAGGAGAUCCAGGAGUGGUACGAGGAACAUGCCCGGGAACAGGAACAGCAGAAGCUCAGGGGCGGUGUGCCCGGCCCCGCAGCCCAGCAGCCCCCUGGCAGUCGCCAGCGGUCCCAGACCGUCACCUAGCCAGGUUUCAUCAAACCAGCCUCUUCUAUGCAAUAACACCAUAGUAUUAUGUACUACGAUGUAUGGGAACCAUGUGUGUGUAUGUAGGCACACUCAUAUAUAUGCACAUAUUUACACAGAGACAGAAAAGGGACUAGCCAGGGUCCGUUCCAACCACCUUGCUCUGUCUUCCUGAGCUCUAUCGGCUUAGGCUGGGGGCCCAGGCCUGGCCGAGCUCUCUUCCUACCAUGGAAAACUCUGGAAGCCCUCUGCUCAAGAAGCCCCUUAAAUAGGCUGUCUCGUCUUAGCAAUGCCGGCUUUCCCGUGGGGGUAGCUUGACCGCCUCCCAGCUGUGGCCUCGGGCUUCGUCCCUGCAUCGUCCCUACCUGAACCCCAGCCACCACAGGUGUCUGUGUCUGGUAUGAGGGAUAAAACCACUAGGAAGAAACCCCACAUCCUGCAGGAUGACAUCUGUUGAUGAUAAAAGUGUUAGAAGGUUCCCUUGAGGGAUCAGUGCCUGGGAUCCAAGGGGAGACAGCAGAGCUUACUCUCUCAGGCUCCCAAGUCUUUUCUUGUUGCUGGAACCCUACCACAGCCUCCCCGGGGGAAUCCCUCUCCGCAGGAAAAAGCCAACCAGAGGCCCUGGGAAUUUAACUUGCUCAGAGGAGUUCAUUUGAACUGGUGCUGAAGGCAGCCCCCCAUCACCUCCCACACGUUCACACUGCCUCCUCCAAGGUUCUCAUAAGCUAGGUGGGUAGGGGUGGCGGCGAGUCAGGUCAGGUGACUUGUGGGAGUUCUUUUGAUGCCACCACAAGGUGGUGACUGGGUAGUGCUAGUGCGUGGUGGCAGAGGGAUGGAGCCCUGCUGUUUUGUCCACAAGGGGCUGAAGGCAGGCAGGGCCGGAAGUUGCCUAGCACCCCUGCACCCCUACCCCCGUGCAUUCCCUCCAGGCUAACCUGGCCUUCCAAACCUGCUGUUGCUUGGGAGUUGGAAGUGGGCAGGCAUAGGUCCCUGUCCUGUUCUCCUAGCUGCUGAUCCAGGGGUCAAGCUGGAAAUCGGAUGUUUUUACUUUAAAUAAAGCACAGUCACCCCCCCCCACACACACACACACCGCCCCCAGGAAAAACCUCUGGUUUCCACAGAGAGUCAGAAGACUGGCCAAGUCCCUUCCACUUCAAAGAGCUCUUGGCCUCCACCAGAGCUCAGCCUGGACUCCAGGCCCCAGCUCUGAGAAGCAGCUUCAUUUCCUGCCUUAGCGUCUGUGUACGGGUGGCAUUUUGGAAGCAGAAAGAGGGGAGGCCUAUAAAGAGGGCUGGGGGGGGGGCUCUGAGCAACCAGCCUGGUUCUAGGUCCCUCCCUCUACCUCAGGUACCCUCAGCCUUGGGGAGCAGGCUCAGGUAGAAGGGACUGCUCUUGGGCCCCAGGUAGAGGUACUAAAACCCCCCAGGUCUAGCAUAUACCAGCCAGGUGCCUGAGGGAGACAGGGCCGUCAGGCCAAACUGUAGCCUCCUGUCUUGUCACGCAGCCUGAGAAAAACCCGUCCCCACAGAGCCACCUUUGAGCACACACCAAGCUGACCCUCAGACUUGCAAGCCGGGCAGGGAACAGACUGUGUCACCCACAGCCGUAAGCUGAGGCUCCUGGGAUCCCUAAGCCAGAUGCCCCUUCCCUCGAUUCUGCAGAGUGAGAAGUGGUGGCUCCGUGUCAGAGCCUAGCAGGGGUAGAGCCUCCCUGCUGCUUCUCCCGAUUGGGGAUGGGGUGGGAACAGUGUCCAGCCCCUCCCUCUGGCUCCCCCCCCCCCUCCUUCCACCCUAGCCUUACUCCACACCGUGCAGACAAUCAUUUUGUAUGGGUUAAGAGCCACGUCGUCGUCGUCGGAAGGUUUUAUACAGUGAUUUCUUACCUAGGAACCCACUGUGCCCAGAUUUCUGGUGUGCCAAUAAAAGAGCCUCUGCUUUAUAGACGCGGCUGC